UCCCCAGGCGAGUCCGAGCGCUUCAUCGGCCUCUCCUCCCGCCGGGCGCGAGGUUCCCAGCUGCAGCCGGAGGCGAAGCGGGCCCUCCCCGAGGAGGGCCAACCCGGCAAAGGCAGGAGAGCCGCCGCCAGAGUGGGAGAAGGGGGAGUCUCCCUCCCGCACUAGCAUCAGGGAGGGAGGGAGAGAGGGAGGAGGACGGCGCUGGGAGAAGGAGGGGGGGCGCGCUCGCAAAACGCCCGGGCGCAACUGACGCUUUGAGGGGCGUCUGGCUGCGGGUGGCCCGCUCUGCGCUCCCGACACACCGGCUCAGCUCUUCUCAAUGAAUGAAGGAGCGGGACCUUUUGGGUGCACUCGGGAUCACUUGCGAAAGCAGCUCAGCUCGGGACCGUCUGCGCUACAGCCGUCCGCCUGCCCCACCGCGUGUCACUGAACGUUUUUCAGCUGAGAUGCCAGAUAAAACACCAGAGAAUAAAGAAACUUUAACCAAGAAUGAAGAUGGCUACAGUCUUAAUGGGUUGCCUCCAGUAAUGGUAGGCACAGCUCCCAAGAAGACAGGAAACAACCUACAUAGAGAAGACCGACACUUCCUCUACUGUGGAAUCAAAGCAAUGGAAUUGUCAGACAGUGACCGACCAGUUAGCUUCAGCUCAACAUCUUCCUCAGCAUCCUCCAGGGAUAGCCACUGUUCCUGUGGUAGCAGAACAACCUUGGUUUCCAACAGUCAUCUGGGUUUGUUCAAUCAGGACAAGGAAGUGGGGGCCAUAAAGUUGGAGCUGCACCCAACCCAACAGUUUCCCAGCAAAGAAGUAAGAAAAAAUAACCCCAUCAAGGAACAGCUCUUUGAUGGAAAUCUUGGAAGAAAGCCAAAUAUGCCACGAAAAGCUGAAACAAAGGAAAAUAACAAAAACUGUGUCAUGUCACUGAUUGUUGAGUCUACAAGUCCAAAACUCCUGUAUGUUGACAGAGUGGUCCAAGAAAUUCUAGAGACUGAAAGAAUGUACGUGCAGGAUUUAAGAAGUAUUGUGAAAGAUUACCUUGAUUGUAUCACUGACCAAUCUAAGCUGUCUUUGGGUACAGAGGAGCGAUCGGCUUUGUUUGGAAACAUAAAAGACAUUUAUCAUUUCAAUAGUGAACUUCUGCAAGAUUUGGAAAACUGUGAAAAUGAUCCUGUAGCUAUAGCGGAAUGUUUUGUUUCUAAGAGUGAAGAUUUCCACAUAUAUACACAGUAUUGUACCAAUUAUCCAAGGUCAGUGGCUGUACUCACUGAAUGCAUGAGGAACAAGUCCCUAGCCAAGUUUUUCAGAGAAAGACAAGAAGCUUUACAACAUUCUCUUCCUCUGGGAUCCUAUCUUUUAAAGCCUGUUCAAAGAAUACUGAAAUACCAUUUACUUUUGCAUGAGAUAGAAAACCAUCUUGACAAGGACACUGAAGGUUAUGAUGUUGUGUUAGAUGCCAUCGAUACAAUGCAGAGAGUGGCAUGGCAUAUCAAUGAUAUGAAGAGGAAGCAUGAACAUGCCGUUAGAUUACAGGAAAUACAAAGCUUACUUACGAACUGGAAAGGCCCAGACCUGGCGAGCUAUGGAGAGCUGGUGCUAGAAGGAACCUUCCGCAUCCAGAGGGCCAAAAAUGAACGCACGUUGUUUCUCUUUGAUAAGCUGCUGCUUAUUACAAAGAAGAGAGAGGAGACAUUUACUUACAAAGCUCAUAUCUUGUGUGGCAAUCUUAUGCUGGUAGAAGUCAUACCGAAAGAACCUCUUAGCUUCAGCGUCUUCCAUUAUAAAAAUCCCAAGAUGCAGCAUACCGUUCAGGCAAAAUCACAGCAAGAUAAGCGCCUUUGGAUUCUUCAUUUGAAGAGAUUAAUUCUAGAAAACCAUCCUGCUAAAAUUCCAGCUAAGGCCAAGCAAGCAAUUCUUGAAAUGGAUGCAAUUUAUCACCCGGGGUUCCAUUACAGCCCAGAAGAAAUGAAAGCUUCAAAUAACUCUAAAGAGGGCAUUACUCCACAAAGGAUGAGAAGGAAAUCAGAACCUUCUUCCAGAGUUCAUAAAAUCACAAAAUCAAGUGAAAUGGACCCAAAUUUGCAAAAGCGGAUGAGUACUGAAGGAGCCCUGCUAUCUCAGGCUGAGUUGUUCCUCAGUCCCAGGAAGAAUCAUUCACUGAAUUGCCAACGGCUAGAUUCAAAUGAAGCAGCCUAUAGCAGUGGUCAGGAGUACAAUAUUCUCACAGAUGUUACAGAUCAGACCGAUGCUGAUGAUGAAGAAGAGACCGAACAAAGCACUCAACAUUUUCAGCAAAAACCAAAGGGAGGCCGCAAAAGAUUGAAUAGUCAAGUUACUGAAAAUUUUGAGAAACGAAGAACUUUUAAUUUCAACAUAUGUGAAAUUCAGAACUCCCAAAAAUGUACAGAUGAAUCUCCUUCCCAGAUGAACACAAAGCUUUCAUUUUCCUGCAAUGGGGAUAGUCAGUUAUCUGAACAUUUUACUCCCCAAAACAACUCAUUUGUGGCAAAUAUUUUGGGGAGAACAGCUGCAGUGAGAAAUAUCUGGACAGACCAUCAGAUUCGGCAAGCAUUGUUCCCAAGUAGACGUCCUCUGCAAGACAAUGUAGAUGAUGAUGAUGAUGAUUACCAAAUGUUCAUGCCAUCAGACUCCACAUCCAACUUAACUUCCAUUGCAUGUGAAGAAAGGAUCCCAUCAAACCGUCCUUGCAGUUGGCAUGUAGGACUAGUUCAUCAAAACGAUAUUUCCAACCUGAAUUCUCAUAGAAUUAUGAGGCGGGCCAGCAGCGCUGGUGAAAGUAAAACUGGAGCAAGAUAUAGAAAGAAUUACCAUGAUCAAAGUGCCUCUUGGAAUGAAAUUAAAAACUCCAGAAGUGACAUGGACAAUCUUCAAGAAUGUCAGGAAUCUUCAGAAGAAUUGACUAUAGAUGACAUAGAUCAUGUCUAUGACAAUAUAAGUUUCGAAGAUUUGAAGUUAAUGGGGCUAGCUCAGAGGGAAGAGUCCAACCGUGCUCCACAAGGGUCAGCUAAAGAUUCACUCUAUGAGACAUAUGACCAAGACUAUUCUUUCAAAAAAAUUCAAUCAUCUCAAAACAGGACUUGUAUUCCUAGCAGAAAUGAAGCCGUUCCUAGGAAAGAGGCUUCAUCUGUAAGGUCUUAUGAGUUAAGGAUUAGUGAGGAAAAUAUCUAUGAUACCAUAGGCCUCCCAGAAGAAUCUGUGUCAAAUUUCAAAAGUGAUUACCUUAAAUGUUCCAAAAAGAGAAGUUUUCUGGGUAUGGAAACAGAUUUUGCAUGCUGUAACCAACUCCGACAAUUUGUUUCUGAAGAAAGCCUCCAGUUCAGUGAAGAUGAAAAUCCCUAUCAUUAUGUUCCAUUAAAUCGUGGCUGCUUAAGUUUUGCGGAGAGUUCCUCAAAUUCUGAUUCACACUCUCACAAGUCUGUUGCAGAUAAAUUAUCAGAGGAAGUAGAUGAAAUCUGGAAUGACCUGGAGAAUUAUAUCAAGAAAAAUGAAGAAAAGGCACGAGAUCAUGUCCUUGCGGCUUUUCCUGUCUGCAAAGAUGAAGUUGAUAAUCAAGCAUCUAGCAGAACUACUGGUGGACCAAAUAAAGAUAUAAAAUAUUCAUUGACUAUGCUCCCACUACCGGAAAAAAGUGCUUUGUCAAAAACUUUGCCAAACAAGGUAGCUAGGUUAAGUGAAGCCAACAUUAAGUUUGAAGAGGCAACAUCAUAUAAAGCAAAUUCACUAAUAGAUCUCAACAGAUCUUCACUCUCAAAUGACAGAGGUUUUGCUGAUAGCCUUUAUGAAUCUCCCAAUAAUAUAUUCUGCAGUGUAAAUACAAUAAAUACUAAUGGCGAACACGAUUCUGUGGAUAAAACAAAGAAUCGUGUUUUUAUGAUGGCAAGACAAUACAGUCAAAAAAUCAAAAAAGCAAACCAGUUUUUGAAAGUAAAAAAUGCAGAGCAAGAGCAAUUUCUGAGUCGGCAACAGAAAUCAAAGCACAAGGACUUGGCGGCCAUUUUAGAAGAGAAGAAACAAGGUGGACCUGCCAUUGGUGCAAGAAUUGCUGAAUAUUCUCAACUAUAUGAUCAAAUUGUAUUCCGGGAAACCUCACCCAAAACACAGAAGAUUACUUCUCAAGAAACAAACAUAAGAUAUUCUUCACCUGUGUCCACGUCUCACUUAGCUGCAGAAUGCUUAAAAGCUGAAAAUUGGCUUUUGCACUCAACAUAUAGUAAUGGAGAACUUUCUGACUUUUCUCCUUGGCCAGAAACUCCUCACCUGAAGACAAAAAGCUCCCUUAUAGAAAUGGGGAUGAAGCCAAAUGUGAGACCUGUAACCUGCUCAGUGCCUUCCUUUCAGACUCCUCUUUGUCCACACAUUCCUGCACAAAGGUGGAGUGCUAUUAUAAAUCAGCCCAAUAAAGAGAACUUGUAUCACAGCCACCUUUAUAAUUCUUUAGGGAGGACAGAGAGCAAUACAAAGCCACAGGCAUAUAGCAGAUCACAGUCCUCUUGUUCCAUUGUGCUCAACAAGUCUGAAGAAUCAAUAAAUUAUCCACCUGAAAUGAGGAAAAAGAAUUUGCAUUCCAACAAAAAAUGUCUGACUGAUCACUGUCAAGAAUCAGUGUCUGUUGCUACCCCUGGCCAUUCAACAUACGAUGGGACAAAGCAGACUUUAGAAAAUGUCUCAGAUGUUAUUCUACAAGAUUCUCAGAAAAUUUUGAGAGUUAAAAGGAAUUUGCCCUCAAAUGCACAAAUAGCAACCCACAAUUAUUUUAGUAAUUUCAAAGAUACUGACAAUGGAGAAGGAGAUGAUGAUGAUUAUGUUGAAAUUAAAUCUGAAGAUGAGGGAUCUGAUUUAGAAACUUUCUGUAACCAAACAAAGGACUUGGAUCCCAAAGUGAAUCCACACUCUACUCCUUUAGAAACUCACAGUGGCAAAUUGCUGGAUCCUUCUAACCCGUCAGAUUCUUUCUUGACAACAUGUGAUGAUUCCGACAAAUUGAAUGAUUACUUAUGGAGUGUGCCAUCUAGUAAUCAGCCAAAUAUUGUCCAAUCCCUAAGGGAAAAAUUUCAGUGUCUCAGUUCAAGUAGUUUUGCUUAAUGUUGCCUUUCCCCCCAAUUCCAUUGUUCAGCCUUAAUAUGAUAGUUACAGUAUGAUCACCAGUUCUUGUAAGUCAUAUUGUUGUGUAUAUAUAUAUAUAUAUAUAUAUAUUUCUAAUUACCAUUAUAGGAACAAUAUCUUGCAUUUGUGUCAUUCUGUUCUAUAUAGUGUAAUUUUAGCGACUUUAGUAUUUAUUAGAACUGGCCACAUACACAAGAAUUUCAUAGAAACGGAAAUGAGAAGAACAGUAGAACAUUUUCAGUGGUUAAACUUUAGGUAUUCGUAAUUUAUUUGCUUAAACACAGAAGAAUGAACUGCUUUGGCUCAACCGAAAUGUACUAAUGUGUUAUAUGUAUGUACUGGUUACGUUUCCACACAGUUCUAAUUAAGUAAAACUGCAAAUGGUACAGACCAAAUGGAUCUUUGGGAUCAGGCAAGAACAUUUUUCAGGAAUUCUAGUUUAGAAAAUCCCCCUUUUCCCCCAAUGCACUAAAUACAUUAUUUCUAACCCAUCUCCAAUCAUGUUUCCAACUCACAGAUUUGAUACCCACAAAUCAACAGCAGCUUAGGACCCACGUGCAAAGUCUUCAACUGGCUUUGGCAUCAAUUUGAAGGAGUCUGGGCACAAGUUCCAAUCUCUGGCAACCAGUAUGCCAGAGUAUGUAUGGAUGCCCUUAUCAGUCUUAACAUCAAUCAUGCAAGUGGGUCUAGAGAAAAAUUUAAAAGUAGACCGACCAACUAAAUAGCUUCUUCAGGUUGGAAUGGGGUUUUUCCCCUGCUUAUGUUGCUGUACAUACCCCUUUUGUAAGACGGCUUCAGUAUGAAACUCUUUAUAAAAUAAGUGGAUACAUGAUCUAUACAAUCAAAUUUCACAUGAAGGGACAGUAAUGAUCUAAGUACCAACUGAAAUACCUUUUACUGAGAGGAUUUGCUUUCUUACAUCAUUCCACCAAAAAUCAUAACAGCAGUCAGAAUUUUUAUGACGAGUGGUAACUUGGUGAUUAUCUCUAUUAAAAUACUGUAAGUACUGAAAGAGAUAUGGUCCCUGAAUUACUUGGAAAUGCAUCAUUCCGAUAUUUUUUCUUAGUAGAAUGCUAGUUCACUUUUAUUUUUCUUGCAUCAGGAAGCUGCUCCUACUUCAGUAGAAAAACUGACUGCAAAUCAAAGUGUGUUUAGUAAACAGGUGAAAAAUAAGUUCAUAUGAAUUUAGGGAUUAAUUUAAUAAAAUAUGUAAAAUAAUAUAAACAUAGUAAUAGGAAUCCAGAUACAGUAACAAGGUUGUGCCUGCUUUAUUAUACUGGAGGAUUUUUGUUAAUCUGAAAAAAUAGUGAAAUAUGUAACAUCGUCAUAUAAGGGACAAGCGUCAGUAUAUUUUGAGUACUUUUUAACCUUGCUGGCAGGGAAUAAAAAUAACUGAAAUUCAGUAUGGAUGAGUACCUGAGACAUUGUUUUUGUAAAAGCAAAGGGAAUGAUAAUGAUUUUAUGGUCUGGAUGAAAAAAUGCUGAGGAAUCCCACCUCAACUUUUUUAUAUAGUUCAUGAUUGUAGAUAGCUAUCCCAAAAUUAGACAAAAGUAUUUAAUUUUUUGGGGGGGAAACUGCUUUAUAAAAUAUGUACAGUAGCCAAAAUAGAAGGGAAACCGUUGUUCAUUUGUGUGAAUAUUAUGUUUGCAUUUGGUUAGUUGAAUAACUCAGAUCAUCACACAUUUUUCUGAAAAUAUUUUAAAUAGAUUUAGUUUCAGAAGGCUAACUGUUCAGAUUUUCAGCCUGCUUCAAGGAUAUUUUUUUCUAAGCUCUUGUGUUUAAACAGAAUCAAGUAGGUGCCGUUUCAUCCACAGAAUGUAAGUUAACCUUUGGGUGACUAGAUAGGCCUACAAAGCCACUAAGUGCUUCUGGACACAUUACUUCAUUAAUUAUCAUGGGCAGAACAAAAAUAUGGGGAAAGUAAAGAAUGGUUGCUAAAAUUAGAAUAUUGGGGCCAGAGAAUAUUUUAUGUAAGAGGCUUGCUAUCACAUGUACUGUACAUUCUUUGUUGUCCAAUUCUAAAGGUGGGCAUAUCAUCUCUUUCAUAAUUUACAGCUCUCCUUCAAAACUUUGAAGAGAUUUUAGAGGAGCCUUAUUUUUAUCCAGGUAAUAUUGUUCAUAAAAAGUGUCUAAUUGUUUUUUUUUUAAAUCUAUUCUGUAUUCACUGGUAGUACCUGCACUAUACUACUGGACAAAUGCAAAAUGAAGUUGCUUAUUCUGGAUGAAUUCACACCAAUUUUCCUAGUUUCAACAUAUCACGUGUUACCGUUUUAUUCUAUUGAUAAGAAAUAGACCCUCUCUGUUGCACUUUUACAUAACUCAUUUUGUAAAGACUAUGUAAAAAUAUAUGUACAUGUAGAAGAGUCCUUUUUCUCUUUUGUUAUGCUUAAAAGCUGACUUUAAAGCAUGUCAAAUCUGUAAGUAAAUGCUGCAUAGAAAAAAUAAAUAAAUACUACUUGCUUGCAGCAGUUA